AAAUUCUUCCCCGGUGCAAUAUCCGGCUUGUGACCUGAAGGUCCUCGAAAGUAGAGAUCGGUGAAGGGACAGAAUCUGCGGGCGAGUCAUUUAAACUCGUCAUAGUCAGAUAUUCAGCAUUUGAAUCAUGAGGAGGGAGAACAUGCUUACAAACAGAGAGCCUGAGGAGGCUGAGGAGGAAGAGGAGGAGGAGGAGGAUAUGGUGGACCCCUUAGUGACAGUCCGGAGUAAAUGUGAGCUAACGGAGCAUUGUGUGCAUUUACGGGAGAAGCUUGAAACGUGUGAGGCACGAGUGAGCUCCCGGUCAAACACUGCAGAGGAAUGUACAGAGGAGCUGUUUGACUUCCUCCACGCCAGGGACCACUGUGUGGCACACAAGGCCUUCAACAUGAUUAAGUGAAGAGAGCAGACAUCUUGCCUCAUUCCCAUUGUUGGGAGCCCCGGGGCUUUGAAUUCUGUAUUUAAAAUAUUCAUUGUGGUGCAGGAGAGUUCUUCUCCAGAUUUGUUUGUCCUCAGUAAAUAAAUAAAUAAAUAAAUAAAUAAUAAUGCCUGUAUGAAUUUAAAAAAUAAAUGA